UACUUUCUACCGAGAGAUUUUUAUUGUUGUUGCCAUCGCAGCUGUUUAUUUGUAUCCCUUUGACCAGGUUGGUCUCAGAUCCAUUCACGAUCCGAAAGCAUAGAAAGUCAGAAACCAAACACGACUAAACAAGACAAGAUAGAUCCCCAUUUCUUACAAAGCAAAGCAAAACCUUCAGCUCUCAAAAACAACAACAAUGGGUGUGAGUGUUUUUUUGAAGAUUAUAGACUUUAUACUUUUCUUCUUCUUUCUGGUGAUAGCAGUGGCUGCGCCAUUAAUUGAUGCUCAGACUUGUCUCCCUCUCACUUUCUUCCCUGAUUUCUUGAUCAAUCUUAAGCAAUGGUACGGCCACCAUUAUGGUGACUAUCUUAUCAUCGAGAAGCCCCAUUUCUUCGUUGGUCUUGUCUGGCUCGAGCUUCUCUUUCAGUGGCCUCUUUCUCUCCUCAAUUUGUACGCUUUUUUGGCUUCCAAAUCCUGGUUUAACACCACUUGCUUGAUCUAUGGUGCCUCUGUUCUCACCUCCAUGGUUGCUAUAUUAGCAGAGCUUUUGGGGUCUGGCAAGGCAUCUGAUGAUUUACUGAUGAUGUACUCCCCCUUCCUGGGUCUUGGUGUGCUGUGCAUUUUGCGUGGGCUAGUUCAAAAUUCUUCCAAGACUAGUGGUUCACGGCCUAAAAGUAGCAGGAUACCUGCAUUGGCUAGGAAAAAGAAAGCUUGAUUUACUUUUUUUUAUUUUAUUGGCAAUGUUGCUGAGCUUUUGAUUGACGCUUCAUGUUAGAGGUGCCAUGUAAGGUAAUGUGCACUAUUUGACCUUUUUGUACUCUUGUUUUUUCAAAUAUUCGAUGCCAUUGAUGAGUAAUUCAUUCAUUGUUUCCAGAUCCUUGUCAAUUAUAGAUAGUUUUUUCUUA